AUGAAUAAUUAUACAUAUCAAAUUUAUUUUUACAAGCUUUAGAAUGGGCGUAGUUUUGGAUUUGAUCUUCGUUCAUUAGAUUUAAAUGACAAAAUAGUAGCCUUUAAUAGUUUCUUUAGUGAUGCUUUUAGUGAUACUGAAGAAUAAUUUGAAGUAGAAGUUAUUUUAGGUUCUGGAAUGGGAUAAUUACUAGAUAAAUUUACUUUUUUAGAUGGUUUUUACGAUAGGAUUAGGUAUAAUCUCUUGUUUGUUAUGAAUUACGUUAACAAUUCCUUUGGGUUAUAAAUGAUUUCAGUUUUCACAUUCAUAAAUCUUGAUUGCUUGCUAAAUGUAGAAGACAUUUUAUUUCAACUUAUCAGAGACUAAUAGUAAUUGAAAGAAUUAAGUAUUAGCUCAAGAAAAGAAUUAUCAAGUCUUUUAUUUAACACAUUACUUGAAUCAAUAAGUUUCAACAGGGAAACAUUAGAAAAAUUAAAUUUAGUAUUUAGUGUAAAAGAUGAACUAACAGAGAUUUAAAUUCCUAGUCAAUUAUCUUCUAUUAAACAUUUAUCUCUUUCCAAUUUAUCUUCAAAGGUUUAAUUGAAUGUUUUUAAAAUUGCAAAAAGCAUAGAAGAGAUAGAAAUUUCUAAUAGAAAUAAAUAACCAUUUGUUGAGCAAAAAUAGCUUAAAACAAAUUGA